AACCACAAUGCAUUAUUAUUUCAGAGCUCCCCCCCUCUCUUCGGUCUCCCAAAGCCGUUUAGAUUAUGUAAGAGCUCUGUAUCAAGGGAGCCAGUCUGUGGAGGACAAGUUGGGAGAGUAUUUGCCGAUGAUGUAGCUCACCAACUCUGGACUUUCCCCGGCAGCUUGCAUACUACUCCUUUCUCAUCUUCUUUCUCCUCCUCCUCCUCCCUUUUCCUCUUCACCCACCCGUCCACCCACCAGCCCACCCUCUCCCUGCCUAUCCCGCACACACAUACACACAUGCAAUCACGAAUGCACUGGGAUUGCAGCACCGGCAGCAGCACCGCAAGAUGGAGAUCUCCGCUGCGUGUGUGAGUGUCUGUUCUCGCUGAGUGCAGGGACAAGAGCAAAUGAGUGUCAGUGAUGCCUGAAUGAGGUGUAUAAAGGAGAAGAAAGGGGGAAGAAUGGAGUAGAAGACAGAAAGGGGGGGGGGAUCAGUGAGGAUCUCAUCAGGUUUUGAGACACUGUCUCUCUAUUUUUCCUUUUUUUUCUUCUCUGCCUAUCCUGAUAACCUGAAUCUUUGCCGGAUGUGCCACAACUACUCCAGCUGUCACUGCGCCGGCUGCCUCUCUUUCUGUACUCCAGCAGCUUGCAGGAGCUGCUCCAGCGGCUGGACGAUACCCUGGGAUCCAGUGAAUACAUGGAUGAAUGCUGGAUCUACAGGGGAUCUGUGCUUUCUUGUCCUUUGCACCGCUGAUCUGUUUCUUAAGGAAAUAUGGUGAGCAAAGAGGACGGCAAAUGUAUUGUUCUGUCAAAUUCAGAAGAAUCUGAUUUUGAGACAGUCCCAUCACACAGCGAGCAGUCUGGACUGGAAACAGGCAAACGGCAGGUGAAGAAAAGAAACAAAGCCUUACAAGUACGUUUCAAGGAUAUCUGUGAAGCUCAGAAAGAGCAUCGAGGACGACGUACUAGGUCUAUUUCCUGCAAAGUAACUCACAGGAAGUACAUGACCAUGCCUGCCAGGCGAUCUAUUCCCAAUGUGACAAAGAGCACUGGCGUUCAGACUUCGCCAGACCUCACAAAGCGAUACAAGACUUUCCCUUUUGAGCGGAAAAAAGGACACACUUUUAAACACACUGCUUUGGUAGAAAAUUACAGAGGACAAAACAACGGGUUCUUGAGUGACAUAAAAACUGGAGAGGACGAUGAGCAAUCUGUUGGGCAGUCUUCUAAAUGCAAAGGUAAGAUUGUGGGACAGACAAAAGCUCUGCUUCACCACACUGUUGACAGCAGUGACACAGAGGAUUUACUUCCCAGUGCCAACUGUGAGGAAGGUCCUUCAUGCCCAGACUCUUCACAUUUCUCAGAAGAGGGCCAUCUAAGUAGUCCCACUUCUAAAAGUGAGCCAGAAUAUCAAGUUUGUGGAAAAUGGACUAAACACAAAGGAUUACAAAAGGAAAAUACAGAUGCUGGGACUUCAUCAAAGCGCCAGCUGACUGACUCCAAGUCACAGGACAAGCCAAAAGGCUUGGGCCCUGUGGCUUGGAACUCUUUGUUACAGGUGGAGUCUUUGGGAAGCCCAGCUGCAAGCUGUAAACGGAAAAAGGGCGCACAGCUAAACGAACAGCAAUUCCAGACAUUUCCCCAUAGUGCUAAAUGUUCCGUUAAGUCUCAAGGGCAAUGUCGGACAAGGCAUGCCUCUGCCUCCUCUAAACUUCAACAAAGUGUCGAGGAGGAGAACGCAUUUCCACCAGGAGGCAUCGGAACCACAGCAAUGGGGAGCAGCCAGCAGAUGUUACCCCAACUGGAAGACAAGGACAUCAAAGCACAGCUGCAGGCCAUGGAAAGUCUCAUCAACUCAAGCCAGGAGACCAUCAAGGUCCUUCUUGGUGUUAUUCAAGAGCUGGAGAAAGGUGAAGCACAGAGAGAAGGGCUCUCGUACAGAACAGGACAAGACACUGCAAAUUGUGAUACAUGCCGAAACAGCGCAUGCAUCAUUUACAGUGUUGAACUGGACUUUAAACUUCAGGAGGAUAAGCUAAGACCACUGAUGAAGAGACUUUGUCCUCUGGACAGCCAGCAGUGGCCUGCUCUGCCUUAUUCCAAUGAGGUGUUUACAUCUACCCCUAAAAGAAAGUCCAAGUCAGAAUCCAAGAAACAUGCCCGAUGGAAACUCUGGUUCCUCUAAAGAAAACCAGCAAAGGCUUCGGAAACUACCAUUUUAUUGGCCACACAGCUACUGCAAUUACUCUCAAAUGGUUUCAAGAAGCAGCUAGAAGAAUCCAAUCCAAGGAAGGGGAUAAUGAUGGAGGAAAACAGACAGACAGCAAAGACAAAACAUUUUAAAAUUCACAGUUUUAUGGACACAUUGGCUGGACAGAACCAACACACGCCUUUAAAAACUUGGAUAUCAUUACUGUCCAACAAAAGGAAACUCCUUCAGGGGAGUCAGACAUGAGACUGAAGCUAUCAAAUCUGAAUGGACAUCAGCCUCACCUCCAGGAAAGCACAAACAUCUGAGCUCUGAGGGCAUCAAGCAAAAAGAGACAAGGAAAAGAUGGGACAGUAUGCCAGCCCUGCACUAUCCACCCAUCAGGCACCACUUUUUGUUUGCAUGGUGAUCAUUUUUCUGUCUGACUGAACGUCUUAUUGCCUUAGCUAAUAACUGACUCUGUCUCUCAGUCCGAUUUCUUUUGGUCUCUAUAGAGCCAAAUAGCCAGCCAACUUUGCCUCAUUCAUCCUGUAAUUAUCUGUGAUGUUAGGUUAAGAUUCUAUAUUUUAGGAUAAAAUGUUUCUGACAAAGUACUGUGAUAUAUCAUGUGACUUAAAUGCUGGGACCCUUAUCUUGAAACAGGUACUGUAUUUAAAAUGUAAAAACAACUGUUCUGAGCUUGAUUAGAUUUUUUUUUAAUGUUGAAAAUCAAAAUGGAUGGUGUUUUGACUACUUCUGUGGCAGAGUAUUUUUAUGAAAAUCCCUUGUUUCUCCUUUGAUUUCUGCUUGACAAAAGCAAAGGGUAUUUUGACAUUUUUGCUGAGUUUAUUCAGAGGUUGCCUUACCUCUCUGCCACUCAUUGGGUCACAGCAAAGCGCUGAUAUGACAUUGUGAAACAAAUCCAUUUUAAGAUUGUUUGUGUGCAGUUAACACCUCUCCUGAGGUGUUUUGCAAUAUUGAUUUAUGCCAUUUAGCAACUCUUUUUUUUUUCUUUCAAAAAAACCUAUUAACCCACACAAAAAACUGUAUAAUCAAUUUGCAGCAAGAUGUGAAGGGCUAUAUAAGAAAUUAUGGUUGUGAUCAUUUUGAAGGAAAAACUUGCAGCCAGCCGCUUUGCUCAUGUAUUAACAGAAUAGUCAAACAAACAGAUGAUGUAGCAACGAUAGAAAUUCUUUCAGAGCAGGUGAAUUUGUGGUCAAUUUUGCUCUAAAAUGAAUGAAGUUACGUUUAUGUGUAAGAAAUAUCAGGAAAGCAAACACCUCCCAUCUUAGAUUAUACAGAGGACAUAAUUCAGGUCACCAAAUCCGUGAAAAGAGCUGUACCUUAAGAAAGUGCAAUUUAUUGAUUAUGUGCAAUAUUAUGCAUUUUUCUACUGUUUCUACAUCUCAAUUAAAACAUUUUCAAGUUAAAAUGCUC